AGGGGAAAGGGACGGCAAAAGACGCGGUUGGCUUUAUUUUGCUGACUUUCCAGCUUCGCUCUCACUUCGCUCUGCUUCGCUGCCUUCACUAUUUCGCAAGUGCCCACGGGAAGGCGACCCUGAGGCAAUCACAGUAGAGGCGGCUGAAGUGGAUGCGCCCGUUUUUCAUAGAUCAAUAGGAACGGGAUGUCACCCUCUUACCGCUGGCACUUUCGGUGCCUUUAUAAAGGGGGUCCGCCGGUACCCAAGAACCGGAAAUUGACCACAAACAGCCAUGCGGCGACAAGACGCUCGGAAAGGAACUUGGCAGUUUCGCAGAAGUUGCUAUGCAACAUGCUGCUAUACCUGUGUGCGCGGAACAUAGCUCCCCGAUGCCAGCGAAGGUAUCACUCUGUCCAUGCCGUUCCUGCCGAGACUGAGAACGCCAUUGCGCCUACCACCGCGACAGCCGACGAUGUCGCUUCCUCCUCCGCCGCCCUACCAGUCGAAGGUGUCGCUUCUUCAUCCGCCCCUCCAGAAGUGACAGCCGAAAACGUUGCUUCCUCCUCGGCCCCGUCAGAAGUAGCAGCCGAAGAUGCCGCUUCCUCAUCCGCCCCUUCAGAAGUAAUCGACGCCAUAGGACCUUUGCAGCAAGAUCCGAUCAAGGCUUUUCGUCAAACAUUGGUCUCCGCUCAGGAUCUUCUCACUUGCUGGGGCGCCUUUCGUAAAAUAACGAAACUGCCAGAUCUGCAGACGCAACUAUCUCAGCAGGACCUACGACUUUUCUUAUUGCGCUUCCAUGAACAAUCUCUGAAGGUUUUGGCAAAAGCUCCAGAUUCGAUUUCGCGGAAACUCCCCGAUUUGUGCAGAGUCAUCGCCACAUGGUCGCAUCUUGAUCCAGCCGAUCUCGUCGAUGAGUACAACCUUGCCAUUGAGAUAUAUCUCAAUCAUCACCAGACGUCGGAUGCGCAACGAGUGUUCGGGGUGCUCGAGGUGGGAGGCAAGCCCAACCUUCAGACCUGUACCCUGAUGGUCCGCAUGGCUCUGUACAAGACGGAUGUGGAGGCCGCCGAAACUUGGAUCGCGCGGAUCAAUGAAGCAGAAGGCCGCGUGCCAACGGAAAUUUACGUGCAGCUUUUGAAGUUGCAUGUAGCAACAGAUGAGCAGAAGAUCGACCCAACGAUAGCGGCAUUGAAAAGCAAGAAUAUAAGCAUCGGUUGGAAGCAGCUGAAGGAGCUCGGCCAAUAUGCCCUAACACGGAGGCGUUUAAAGGGUCUGGUAGCAUUGCUUCCACACAUGAUGGAGAUUGAGCCUCGGGCCACUUUAGCAAUUUUGGACCGUGCCGUAAAAUUGUGUCGCCUCUAUCCCGACCUUGCAGGGGCUCAGACCCUACUGGACUCAAUGCAACGAUGCGGGGAUUACGGUGUCACGCCCCAGUUGCAGUGCCUGACAGCUAAACUUUACGCCGCGAUUGGAGAACCCGAACAGCUUAUUUCGUUUUUGGAUCAAAUGAUCGAUUGCGGGAAUUCUCUUACCCUUGCGGAAGUGUCCGCUAUUUUGAACAUGUUCGUUCGACGGAAGCUUAUUGGAUAUGUGGAGCCUUUCAAGACGAGAGUGAUGGCCAUGGGAAUAUUCUUUGACUUUCCCUCAUACACAUUGCUACUUCGAGCUAAUGCGUCGUGUGACAUGGUGAAGGAAGUAGAAGAUACUCUGGAUAUGCUGUCGGAGAGUGUACAGUUCGAACAAUGUAUCCACGCUUUGAGGAUGUACAGUAAACUUGAUGAUUCGAAGAGCUGGCAGCGUUGCUACAAUCGACUUGGACGUUUCGGGAACCUCAUCGACGCCACGACAGCUCAAGACUGGAUGAAGCUGCAUCAGACCCGCGGAGGCCAGUUUGAAGACUGGCUUGUGACCCUCGUUGACGGCAGGGCUCUCAAAGUGACGGACCCUUCUGUCCCACAAACUCGGGAAAAUCUUCGGCGACUACUUGCUGCGGCUCUGAAGAACAACGAUAUCGGCCAAGCUGAAUUUGCGAUCCGAGAGCUCACUCGUCGUCAUGUCAACGCUGCACCAGUGACUUUGCCAGCUAUAGGCGCUUUGGCGAUUCGUGAGCGAAACCGGUACUUAUUGGACUACUGCAUAGCGCAAGCAAUCCACAUCAACCUGGGACCCACGGACGUAUUCAGGCUGGUCUCGGAUGAUGUGGAGGUUUCGAUGGAGUCCACGGCUAUGUUACGAGGUUUCAUUUCAUCGUUACUGGAUCGACAAGAGCUUCGCGACGCAGUGUCAACCUACAGAUCAACUCUGGGACCAGAGGAGGAUUUCUCGACGAAAUUCAAGGACUUGUUGAUUGACGUGCUUAUCGAGAAGAACCUUCGAGCGGCCACGGCAUAUCUCAAGGGGCGGGGAGCAAAGGCGAUUGGUACGCCAGAGGCGUUUAUCAAGGCUUUGACCUCCCUAUCGUUGCGGUGUCGCCGUGAAGAUGAGAAGGCCCUAAGGGAUUUUCUUUCACAAUUGAAAGAUUUGAAUGUGCUGGCCCCGACCGAUGUGAUGAAUCGUUUUUUGAAGAGUCUUGUCGCCAAUUCGAAAGCCAAGGAAGCAGCGAAGCUUGUAAAGGAAAUGCGGAAGGCGACGGAUCCUGUUGUCAAGCCAGACAUUGUCACAUACCAAGUGUUGAUGCGUUCGCUUGCCGAGGCGAAGGAAGUCGAAUUAUUUCGGGGAUACUGGAGUUGCCUCAGACAGGAUGGCAUCUAUCCCGAUCACGCUCUAUAUACCAGCCGCAUCGCCCUUCGUAUCCGGCAAGGUGAAGUAAAUUCCUUGGAGAGGGCUAUUCGGGACCUACACGACGCCCAGAACGAGCUCGGACCUUUUCCUAAGCAGACCUACGGCAUGCUGAUCAAAGCCUUGUUGGACGCUGGAAAUCUCGAUCGUGCACGGAUGAUUCUAGACAAGAUGACGCGUGCCAAUGUUCUCCCCAAUGAAUUCAUUUAUGGUUUGUUCCUAUCCUAUCACCUCAAGCACGAACAAUAUUCUGCCAUGUUUUCUCUGGAACAAGAACAGAGAGCCGCCGGCCUACCCUUCAACACCGUCCUCUACACAAUACUUAUCACGGCAGCGGCGAGACAAAAGGAUGUUGCACGAGCGCAUUUCUUAUAUCGGGAAAUGAAGGCAGCCGGCAUCGAACCCGAUGUUCAGGUCAUGACCGCUGUCAUGGCGGCAUUCGCCGCGAACAAAAACAUCGAAGGGAUGAUGGAUGUUUAUGAGGACAUGCGGAAAAUAGGUGUCAAGCCUACCCUCACAACGUGGAACACGAUGCUGUCAGCAUAUGCCCGUAUCAGCGAUGUCAAGUCGGUCGAUCGAUUACUCGACGAGAUGAAAACUGCUGGAGUUGAAGCAGAUCAGACAACCUGGGAGGCGCUUUGGAAAGGAAACGCGACUUCGGGCAAUAUAAAGGAAAUGCAUCGUUACCUUUCCAAACUUGUCGGAUCAGAACCCGGAUACCCCCGACUCCAACGCGAUGCGCGCUUUCCGACGCUCGUACUUCCCUUGUACAAUCGCGUGCUCGAUGCGCAUGCUGCGAAGGGAGAUGUUGCUGGAGUGGAGACCUGGUUCGCACUACUCCGCUCGGCCGAUUUGAAGCCUGAUAUCUAUAGUUACAGCCCUUUAUUUGAAGUUUACGCCAGAGCGGGGGACUUUGCGAAAGUGGAGGAGGUUAAGCAAAAGGCAUCGAUGGAGGACAUCCGACUUGACGCCAAUGCAGUCAGUAGGGUUGUCAAUGCCCUUCUUGCGGCUGGGCAUCUUGACUUCGCCAAUCGUUUCCUGGAUUCGGCGGCGAAGGACGGGGUGACACUUGAUCCGGCCGUCUUCAACCCCUUCAUCGCAUAUUGGCAACGGGUCGACCACAAAAACGUUUUGAGCGUUGUAGAACAAAUGCGCGCGAAAGGCGUCGAGCCAAACGUCGCAACCUAUACGCAGUUGAUCAACGCAUUAGCUCACUCGAAUCGACACGAAGAAGGAUGGGACAUCUGGCGCUCCAUGGUUGGCCAGAAAGAGCAGAUUUUCCACAAAGGAUGGGGCGUCUGGGCGACUGCGCUUGGCGAACAACCCAUCAGCGCACACGUCGCGGCUUUGCAGAUACGGCGGACGCCUAUGGACGACCUGGCCUUACACUCAGGCUCGCUGCUGUCGAUCCUUCUCGAUCUUUGCGGAUUUGCGGGCUGGGUUGACCGGGCAGAUGUGCUGUGGAGUCGGGUUUCCAUGUCAUCUCGCAAGCUUGAAGAGAAUCAUCUUGCGAGUUACGUCGAAUGCCUGUUGCGUAAUGGACAGCAUGCCCGAGCGAUCGAACUGGUCACCCGCGAAACCGGCGUACCACCGGCGAUGCCCACUCCUGGCCACAAGACUUAUGGAACAUUGUUGGGCAUGCUGCAAUCACAGGGGUUGAUAGGGGAAAGAGAGGCUUUACUGUCGCAUUUACGAGCAAAGCACGGGGAGUGGCUUCUGCGCCGCAUAGACCUGAAAUACCCCGGUGUAGUAGGUAAAAUGUGAUCGCGAUGCUUACUUCUGUGAUGCGAGGGCGUAAUGGUGUCACAUAGACUUCUAUGCAGAAAAAUAAGAUUACUAUGUAUAGUACGGAAUAAUCAUGUACGUCGCAAAAUGAAAUAAGUGAAAUAAAGCCCUAUCUCUACAAGUUGCCAUCAUCGGCGAUGCCUCCGGCAGAGGUACAAUGACGUGGAUGGCAGAUAACCACCACGGAAAAUGGGAUGGGGUGAAGACUCUAGACUACCGGUUACGGGAGAAUGCGUCUGGUCUGCGGCCAUCAAUGCCAA